AUGGCCGCCGUCUCCACCCACGGCCGUGCCAACAAGACAGUAAUAUAUUGGGAUAUUUGUGGAGGAGAUUAUAUUGCUUCUUCUUAUAUUGGAACAAUUGAGAGGAGCAAGUUGUUGAGAAUUCUUUCUUACACACUUCACACUUUUCAGGGAAACAAAGACUUAAGUGAUGUUACUCAUGUUAUAGUAGAUGAAGUACAUGAACGCACUAUUUUGAGCAACUUUUUGCUGAUUGUUCUUAAGAGUCUUGUUGAAAACGCUCUAAUCAACCAGGAAGAAAGCUGA